AUCCUGCUCUUCUACCUGGUGUUCUACGGUUUCCUCACCGCCCUCUUCACACUCACCAUGUGGGUGUUGCUACAGACGGUGGACCCAAACACCCCCAAAUACCAGGACCGUCUCUCUGUCCCAGGCAUGAUGAUCCGCCCUAAGACGGACGCGCUGGACAUCACCUACAACGUGAGCAACACAGAACUCUGGGAGGGCUACGUGCGGAUGCUGAACCAGUUUUUGGGAGAUUACAACGAUUCCCGGCAAGCGGCCGACAACGAGCUCUGCGUCCCAGGACGCUACUUUGUGCAGCCGGACAACGGGGUUCUGAACCACCCCAAGCGGGCUUGCCAGUUCAACCGCACCAUGCUGGGGAACUGCUCCGGCCUCGUUGACACCACUUACGGCUACCGGGAAGGCCGCCCGUGCGUCCUCAUCAAAAUGAACCGGGUCAUCAACUUUUUUGCAGGCGCCAACAAGACCAUGAACAUCACCUGCUCGUCAAAGAAGGAGGAAGAUGCCCAGAAACUGGGAGACAUCGAGAUGUUCCCUGCCAAUGGGAACAUUGACUUAAUGUACUUCCCUUACUAUGGGAAAAGAGUCCAUGUGAACUACACGCAGCCGGUGGUGGCGGUGAAGUUCCUCAACCUCACGGCCAACUUCGACCAUCACGUGGAGUGCAGGGUGAACGCCGCCAACAUCGCCACGACCGACGAACGGGACAAGUUCGCCGGGCGCGUCUCCUUCAAGAUCCGGGUCAACAGGGAUUGAGUUUCUCUUGGCCCCUCCACGACCCCCCACACCCCCAGCGCCCUCGGAAGCUAACUUUCCCGCCCAGGCUCUGUCCCCUGCCAGGAUGGUGCCUAAGAGGGUGGGUGCGUUGAUGUGGAAGCAAAGGGGGGGGUGACGAUGGUGGGCGUGUGGGGCUGGGGGGGCCGUCUCGACAAUGCUGCUCACCCUGAGGGUCGCUAACCUAUGCUACUAGACAAUCCCAGCUCCCUCAACCUGAAGGCUUGGCUUCCUUCCGGCCACCCCUCAUCCGCCCCGGCCUUCUCUCCCCCCCCCUUCCCCUCCAGCCACCAUCUGGAAUGCUACUCGGCUCGUUCUAACCACAUUACUCGCUUCCCUACCCUUCCCACCCUGCGUAAGGCCUGUGGGGAGGUCAGAGGCUAUGUGACCCUUCCCCCUGAACCCUCCCCAGAGAUUUCCUAAUAUAAUAAUAAAUGUAUAUAGUUAUUUUUUAUAUAUAUUAAAAAUUAAGGUACUGCUGAGUCCUCUGUUUUCCUGUGCUUACACACACAUGCACCUUUCCGCACACUUCCUCCUCCUCCUCCUCACACAAUCCCCCUCACUCCCUGAUCUUUUGUGCCCAUUUAGGUCUCUCCUGGAUCCCUAUUAAAAUAGCUUCUGUGAUGGAGGUUUGGUACAAGGGGGGGUGCUUGGGUGUGGGCUGUCAUUUUCCUAGCUGUCCACAAGGAAUAGUGGAUAUUUUGGCCCUGCCGAGCUGAGUGGUUCGGUUUUGCCGACUGUUGGAAGCCAUUUUGUCUUCCCAAAAGAACUUGUGGUUGUCAUAGCGUGCAAAAUGACUGUCGACAACGGAGGUACCAAGUGGCUUUUUGUGUGUGUGUUGGCUAAGAAGCAAAAUGGCCGCCGUCAUGGGGCAAAGCUCUGAAAAGAACAAAGCGGCCAUCAUCGUUAAUCCUGAUCUGCUUCUUGUAGAAUGGCAGCCAUUUUGUCACAGGCCAGUCCUGUCAGUAAGGAUGGCGGAACGGUGGAUCUUUCCUGUUGAACAAAGCAGCUGUGGAAUACGAGCCUGAAAUCACAAAAUGGUACCAUUGGGCAUAAAAGCCCCAAAUGGCUGCCGCCGCCGAUGCCCAGGCUAGCUUGGGAUAUAUAAUUUUUUGAUUGUAGGCCACAUUUUGGAAUGGUGGACGAAAGAUGUGACCGUGAAGAGUGGCCAUUUUGAUUUCCUAGCAAAAGAUAUUGUCACGGCAGCUGCGGUGGCUAAGCCUGCUGGUCUUAACUCUCUAACCCUCGGCCUCCCUCUUUUUCUAAAUAGGAUCUACUGACUCUGGUUUUUUUUCAGUGUACAGUUGUUUGAAUCUGUUCUCAUAGUGACACUUUGCACUAAGGGUAAUAUUAAAAAAAAAAAAAAAACCCCUGUUUCUGCCAUAGCUGGGGGGGGGGGGGGAAUGUUAAUGAAACCCUGUAGCGGUCUCUUUGGCCACCUUAAUUAACCGACGGAGGUUUUUGCUUCUGUAGAUCCUUGCCUGCCUGGUUCCCCCUCCCCCCGCCCCCGGUUUGGUUAAUAUUUGUUUCAACAAAACAAGUGUGUUUGAAAGAAAGUAAAAGUUUGGCGACACAGGUUUUUCUUUCUUUUUAAUAAAUUUUGCCCUUUUUAACUUCUAAGGCUGCAUCUUUGAGAAGUCAUUCUGUGCAUGAAUGGAAGGGAGGAACUUAAAAUUCUUGGCUUUUUAACUCUUUUUUUAUUUUGGGGUUUGUUUGUUUUUGUUUUUAUUUGCGGAAUUAUUUAAUUGCCUGUAUCAGAUUUACUGUAAAAGAUGAGAAAUAAAAAUUUUAAA